GACAUGGGAGAGGAGACAUGGGGGAGAAGACAUGGGACAGGAGACAUGGGAGAGGAGACAUGGGGGAGGAGACAUGGGAGAGAAGACAUGGGGAAGGAGACAUGGGAGAGGAGACAUGGGGGAGGAGACAUGGGAGAGGAGACAUGGGGGAGGAGACAUGGGAGAGGAGACAUGGGGGAGGAGACAUGGGAAGAGGAGACAUGGGGGAGAAGACAUGGGAGAGGAGACAUGGGAGAGGAGACAUGGGGAGGAGACAUGGGAGAGGAGACAUGGGGAAGGAGACAUGGGAGAGGAGACAUGGGGGAGGAGACAUGGGAGAGGAGACAUGGGGGAGGAGACAUGGGAGAGGAAGACAUGGGGGAGGAGACAUGGGAGAGGAGACAUGGGGGAGGAGACAUGGGUGAGGAGACAUGGGGGAGAAGACAUGGGAGAGGAGACAUGGGAGAGGAGACAUGGGGGAGGAGACAUGGGAGAGGAGACAUGGGGAAGGAGACAUGGGAGAGGAGACAUGGGGGAGGAGACAUGGGAGAGGAGACAUGGGGGAGGAGACAUGGGAGAGGAGACAUGGGGGAGGAGACAUGGGAGAGGAGACAUGGGAGAGGAGACAUGGGAGAGGAGACAUGGGAGAGGAGACAUGGGAGAGGAGACAUGGGAGAGGAGACAUGAGAGGAGAGGAGACAUGGGAGAGGAGACAUGGGAGAGGAGACAUGGGAGAGGAGACAUGGGAGAGAAGAGAUGGGAGAGGAGAGAUGGGAGAGGAGACAUGGGAGCGGAGACAUGGGAGAGGAGACAUGGGAGAGGAGACAUGGGAGAGGACACAUGGGAGAGGAGACAUGGGAGAGGAGACAUGGGAGAGGAGACAUGAGAGGAGAGGAGACAUGGGAGAGGAGACAUGGGAGAGGAGACAUGGGGGAGAAGACAUGGGAGAGGAGACAUGGGAGAGGAGACAUGGGGGAGGAGACAUGGGAGAGGAGACAUGGGAGAGGAGACAUGGGGGAGGAGACCUGGGAGAGGAGACAUGGGAGAGGAGACAUGGGAGAGGAGACAUGGGAGAGGAGACAUGGGAGAGGAGACAUGGGGGAGAAGACAUGGGAGAGGAGACAUGGGAGAGGAGACAUGGGGGAGGAGACAUGGG